ACUGUCCUCAGUGGGCCCUGGCACCUCCAUGUGGAUAUGCUGCUGCCGCUGCUACUGGCCCUGCUCUGGGGAAGGGUCGGAGGGGGGGAGAGACAGAAAGAGCCCAAGCAAGGUUUCGUGUGGCAAGUGCAGAAGGAAGUGACGGUGCAGGAGGGCCUGUGUGUCCAUGUGCCCUGCUCCUUCCACCCCGGGGUCAUCUGGAAGAACUCCACCCCAGCUUAUGGCUCCUGGUUCCGGGAAGGGGCAAGUACAACCUCAGACGCCCCAGUGGCCACAAACAACCCAGAUCGACAAGUGCAGGAGGACACCCAGGGCCGGUUCCAUCUCCUUGGGGACCCCUGGAGGAACAACUGCUCCCUGAGUAUUAGAGACGCCAAGAGGACUGACAAUGGGUCAUACAAAUUUUGGGUGGAGAGAGGAAGGAAGGCGAAGAGGGGCAUUGUAUCCCCCCAGCUCUCCGUGCGUGUGAUGGCCCUGACCCAUACACCUGACAUCUCCAUCCCUGACACUAUGAAGUGUGGCCACCCCAGGAAUCUGACCUGCUCUGUGCUCUGGGCCUGUGAACAGGGGACACCCCCCAUUUUCUCCUGGAAGUUAGCUGCCCCCACCUCCCUGGGACCCAGGACUGCCCACUCCUCAGUGCUCACUGUCACCCCAAGGCCCCAAGACCAUGGCACCAGCCUUACCUGCCAGGUGACCCUGCCCGGGACAGGUGUGACCAGGACGAGGACUGUCUACCUCAACGUGACCUGUGCUCCACAGAACCUGGCUAUCAGCAUCUUCCAAGGAAACAGCACAGCCCUGAAGAUCCUGCAAAACAACUUGUCUCUCCCUGUCCUGGAGGGCCAGCCGCUGCAGCUGUUCUGUGCCGCUGACAGCAACCCCCCUGCACACCUUAGCUGGUCCCAGGGAUCCCCACCCUUGAACAAUACCCUCAUCUCCAAUACUGGUGUCCUGGAACUGCCCCAAGGAGUGUCUGCUGGAGGAGGAGAAUUCACCUGCCAUGCUCAGCACCCCCUGGGGUCACAACGCAUCUCUCUGAGCCUCUCUGUGCACUACCCCCCACAGCUGCUGGGCCCCUCCUGCUCCUGGGAGGCCCAGGGGCUGCACUGCAGCUGCUGCUCCCGUGCCCAGCCAGCCGCCUCUCUGCACUGGUGGCUCGGGGAGGGGCUUCAGGAGGGGACCGACAGCCAGGGCUCCUUCACAGCCACCAACAGCUCAGCGGGGCCCUGGGCCAACAGCUCCCUGAGUCUCCAUGGGGCACUCAACUCCAGCCUCAGGCUCAGCUGCAAGGCCCAGAAUGUCUAUGGGGCCCAGAGUGGCACCAUCUUGCUGCUGCCAGGGAAGCCAGAGCCCAGGACAGGAUUCGCUCUGGGGGCCGUGGUGGGGGCCGGUGUCACUGCCCUGCUCUCUCUCUGCUCCUGCUUCGCCUUCCUCAGGGUGAAGACCUGCAGGAAGGAUGCACCCUCCACCCUGGGUCCCACUUUGCUGAGUGACCGGCAUGAGUGCCCCCCAGCCCCUGCUGCCACCACCCCCACCUCUGGGGAGGAGGAAGAGCUCCAUUAUGCCUCCCUCAGCUUCCAUGAGCUCAGGCACCAGGAGUGUAAGGACCAGGAGGCCAUCAGCUCCACCGAGUACUCAGAGGUCAAAAUUCACAAGUGAUGACCUUGCGGCAGGGCCCAGGGCUUCUCUGGGGAGGGUGAUAUCAGGGAUGGUUCCUACAUCACAGUCCCCAUGUGAACAGGAUACCCAGUAACAUGAGAGUCUCACUGGUGUGUAGAGGGCAGAACUGGGCUAAUCUUUCAGCCAAGCCCCUACAUGAGAGCCUGUAUUUGAGUUUGCUUCAUGCUUCCAUGUCUUCCCAUGUACACUGGACAGGAUAAGCCUAAUCACAGGCCCUUGCAGGGCAGAAAAGGGAUGAUUAGCAUAAAGCACUCAGCACAGGCUUCUUUCUAUGAAUUUGUUUUUUUUUUAUAGA